AGCUCAACAUUUGGAAGAAAGAUCAGCACCGUCGAUCAUAGAAAGAGGGAGCAGAGAAACAAGGUGGGUGGUGACCAAGAAGAGAUAAUAAUUAAGUGAAGAUACAUUAAGCCAAAUAGAUGGCGGAAUCAUAUCCGAUGAACGGCGGAGACGGCGCUUACAGCUACAGCAACAACUCGCACUUCCAGAAAACAACUGCAGAUGUUUUGAAGACAAUGAUAGAUGAAGCAAUCGCUCACAACCUUGAUAACCUUGAUGUGUCCUCACCAAGCACGAUUGGCCUUGCAGAUCUUGGUUGCUCCGUCGGACCAAAUACCUUCUUUGCCAUGCAAAAUGCGAUAGAAACAAUCCAAACACUAAACAUUAUCCCAGAAAAUACCGAAUUCCAAGUUUUCUUCAACGACCAUUCAUCUAACGACUUCAACAAGCUUUUUGCCACCCUCCCGCCCAAGAGAACAUACUUCGCAGCUGGAGUUCCAGGGUCAUUCCAUAGGCGACUGUUCCCCAAAUCUUCUAUCCAUUUUGUGUACUCUUCCUUCGCACUGCAGUGGCUUUCUCGGGUCCCGCAAGAGUUGCUGGAGAAGGGAUCAGCGGCAUGGAAUAAGGGGAGAGUUCAUUGCACGGGAGCUCAUGAGGAGGUUCGUGGGGCUUAUGAGGCUCAGUAUGCUAAGGACAUGGAGGUAUUCUUCAAGGCUCGGGCCGAAGAGGUUGUGGGUGGAGGGGUGAUGGUGCUCAUAAUGCCUGCUAAAGCCGACAAGGUGCCAUAUUCAAGCGUCCCGAUUUGUGUCAUGUAUGAGCUCUUGGGGCAAAGCCUCAUGGACAUGGCUAACGAGGGAACAAUAAGUGAAGAUCAAGUGGAUUCGUUCAACUUGCCUCUUUAUCCCACCUCUCCCUCCGAGAUAUCCAAGUUCAUCGAGGAGAACGGUUGUUUCUGCAUAGAGAAAAUGGAGCUGAUGAGCACCCAACACCGAUUCGAGGGUCCAAUCAAUGGUGCAGAUGUCGUCAGGCACCUGAGAGCAGGCUUAGAGGGGCUAAUCAGCAAACAUUUUGGUGGUGAGAUCAUCGACAAACUGUUCAGUCGUCUCGAGGAAAAGUCUGAGGACCUCAGCCAUCUACAGGGUUCAAGCUUCACGGGAGGAAGUCUCAUGUUUCUGGUUCUGAAACGCAAAUAGUUAGUGAGAGGUAUAAAAAACAUUUCUGCUUUUACUACGAAAAUGCGCUGUUUUGCUGGAGCUGUGGACCGUGAUCAAUGCUUAUUGUAUAUUUCCUUGGACCCUUAAAAAUUUCAACAAGGACGAACCAUGCUAUGAAUUUUCAAUACUUCUGCACCUGUUACAAUUUUUCACAUUCCCAUCAGUUGAUGGGAAUGUAAAUCGUAGAUCUUCAUCUUUUAUUAAUGAGAAAAUAAAAGUGGGACAAGACCACUGUUGCGUUUCC